UCUGACCGGAAGUGACUUCUUGCAUUUCAGCCGUGAUUUCCUUUGUUAUGGAUGCGAUGAUUUGAUUUUUAUGAGUUUACGUCCUUAACAACAACUACAUAAUUUAGCUAAUAAAUGCUGUGCAGUCGUUUUAAGUAAUACAUUGGUUCAUAGUCUUUUUAAGCAUGGCGGCAAUCAUCGAAAGUUCCCUAAGGAAAACGCUGUCGAAGAUUUAUAAAUACAGGGAUCUGACCUCACGCGACAUAACAAGCGUCGCGUCUCACUAUACAGAUCUUAAACCUGUGAUGGACAACUACGUGUUCAAUGAUGGCUCCACCAAAGAGCUGUUGAGUCUCACAGGAACAGUGCCAGUAAACUACCGAGGAAAUGUGUACAACAUUCCCAUCUGCCUGUGGCUUCUGGACACGUACCCCUACAACCCUCCCAUCUGUUUUGUCAAACCCACAAGUGCCAUGAUGAUAAAAACAGGGAAACAUGUUGAUGCCAAUGGAAAGAUUUACCUCCCAUAUCUGCAUGAAUGGAAACCUCCCCAGUCUGAAUUGUUAGGACUGAUCCAGGUGAUGAUUGUGGUGUUUGGAGAGGAACCACCAGUUUUCUCACGGCCCACCACUCAGGCAGCUUACCCAGCAUUCCCAGCUGCAGGCCCACCUAACACUUCUUACAUGCCAAGCACACCAGGGUUGCCUUAUGGUCAAGGUCACCCUGCCAAUCCAGGUGGAUUUCAGGGCUACCCUUAUCCUGCAGUAGGCUCUGGAUACCCCACUACCUCAGGCUCCUCUCUCUUUACCCCAGUGUCUUCUGUCACUACAGUGGGACCCACCCGUGACGGUACCAUCGGGGAGGACACAAUCCGUGCAUCUUUGGUGUCUGCAGUCAGUGACAAGUUGCGCAGGCGGAUGAAAGAAGAGAUGGAUCGAGCACAGGCAGAGCUGGAUGCACUGAAAAGGACAGAGGAGGACCUAAAGAGAGGCCACCAGAAGCUGGAGGAGAUGGUGACCAAACUAGACCUGGAGAUGGCUGAUGUUGACAAAAACAUUGAUCUCCUUAAGCAGAAAGAUGAGGAGCUGACUGUUGCUCUGGGAAAAAUGGAGAACCAGUCUGAGAACAAUGAUAUUGAUGAUGUGAUUGUGCCCACUGCUCCCCUUUAUAAGCAGAUUCUGAACCUCUACGCUGAAGAAAACGCCAUAGAAGACACGAUCUUCUACUUGGGUGAAGCGUUACGCAAAGAUGUCAUUGACUUGGAUGUCUUUCUUAAGCAUGUGCGCCUUCUCUCCAGAAAACAGUUCCAGUUGAGAGCCCUGAUGCAGAAGGCCCGGAAAAUAGCAGGCCUCAGUGACCUGUACUGACCUGCCCAAAUAAAUCAUUCCCCCUCUCAGUUAUAACACAUGCACUGUAUGGCAAGGACCCUACAUUUUAUCCAAGGACAGGAGGUUUGGGACCCUCCUUUUCUUAAAUCACAGUCUUUCUAAGUACAGAAAGAUGUGAAAGGUGACCAAUAUACCCAGGGCCAAAAUAUUC